CGGUACGAUUUUUACUGACUACUUGGCACAUCUUAUCCUAGAUAAGGACCUGAGAUUAAGACCUGAGAUAUUAAGACUACCACAGUAGGCACAUACACGCUCAAAGGAUAGAUAUUGAUUGUCACACAGUUACUUCCACAAUAUGGCGGAUUCUGAAGAUCAAAAAUUAAAUGCACAUUUCAAAGAAGACAUGAGUUCAAUCAUUUCACUGUUGCUUCUUCUUCCUGCAGAAGUUCGUCAGAUGGCUCGCUCGUGGAUGACUACGUUCUACAAUAUGGGCGGAAAUAUUUUGGACAAACAGAUGCGCAACCUAUACGCUGCUUACAUGUUGAUGCAACUAGAGGUCAACCGUGAAUUGACAAAGCCCUUCGAUGAGCCAGCUCCGGGACACAUCCAUCAGCCAUUGGUGAAAUUGAUUAAUGCUGAUGAGUAUAUUCGAUUUUUUGAAAAAUGUGAAAAAUUUUACCUCUCGAAGAAAGGAACCACGGGAGACCCUCAUAUGGAAGAGGUCUGCAUGAAGCCGAACGAUUUUCUCUGCAGACUACCGCCCAUCCAAUCCGGAGUGGUCAUGUAUGGCGCCUGCUUCAGCAAAAAUAACCAAUGAAGUCAACGAGAGCGAUCGAAAUUAAAUGUGUUUUCCCCUCAGGCUGGCAAUCCCAUCAUCGUCGUCAUGCAGAUCAUUUAUUUAUAUCACGUUCCCCAAACAACGAAAAACAUGGACGGCUUCAGCCAUAUUCAAAUGUAA